AUGUCCUGGCGCAGCGGCUACAGUAGGCCGGCGGCUGGAACGGCUCGGCGCGGACCGCCGCUGUCGCCGCCCGGGCCGCGGCUCGUUGCUGGCCCUCCCCGGGCGCGUCCCUCAGUCCCUGGUCUCCUGGCCCAGUCGCCGCCCCGGUGCGUCUCUCCCCAGCUCCGGCGGCUCGGUCACUGCUCCUGGCUGUUGGCUGAGCUCUGGAAGCCCCCUCGCCUUAAUGCAGCGCCCGCCGACGUCACUGCGGCCUGCGACCAAUCAGCGCCUCGAGGUCCCUCUGUAAACCAUUCUGCAUCCCCCGGCCCGGGAGAGUGCGGGGAGACCGCGUUUAGAGGAUCAGUGGCGGCGGCACCCGCGGCCCCGCGCGGCGCGGACGGCAGGCAGCACCGUGCCUGGGCCCCCUCCUGCUCCGCUCUCAAUCUGGGGCAUGACUUUGAAGGGAAGGUUGCUAAGCCUCCUAAAUCCCGAUACACACCAAUGCCGUUUCCCCACUCAUCUGGAAACCCGGUGGGUCCUGCCCAAACGCCUGUAUGUCAAUUCCACCUCCUGCUUGGCGACCCACCAUGCCCACAUUUUCCACUCAAGCCUUUCAGAUCUGCUUUGGGCACCUGAAGACAGAGAGAAUCAUCUUUCAAGAGUCAGAAACUUUGCACGUGCCAUUCCCUCUGCUUAGAAUGCUUUUCCCUUUCUCCCAACUGCCUUAUCAUCAGCUUGGAAAAAUAUUUAUUUUGGUUCCUAAAAUCUCAGAUAUCACUUCUCCAGGAGCUUUCCCAGAUGCCUCACUUGAUUCCAGAAGGAGCUAUCGCCACUUUGCCUGGCGAGUACGUUUUCACGGUUACACUUAUACGCUAUGGCAAUUUAUUGGUGAUUUGUCUGUCUCCCCUACUCAAUAGUGAAUUAUUCAUCUAUCUCUGGAAACCUGGAACUGCUCAAUAAAUGUAUGUGGCAUGAAUAUA